AACGUUGCCCCGCGUUGAGCUGCGGGGCUCAGUUCAGUGCGCGAGGCGAGUUUCGCCCGUGGAUCAUGCAUCCUCGGUAAUUCCCCGAAAGAUUCCCUCCUGCCCCACGCGACUUUCGUCCGCUCGUCGGAAAUCAAGACGACAAUGACAUCGUUGGAGGACAGUUGGAAGGAAGCUACGGAGGGCCUGGACGCCGCGGUCUGCGACUCCUGGUUCACGCGCCUGCAGGAGGUCUACUCGGAGGAGAAACGCACGUAUCACAAUCUGGACUCGGUCAGGGACAAGCUGCAUCACUACUACGAAAUCAAAAGCAAUCUCAAAAAUCCGCGAGCCGUCCUACUCGCCAUAUUCUUUCAAAAUUUCGAGUAUGAUCCUAAAGCCUUGGUCUUCAGCGAGGACAAGAAUCUCGAGCACUUCAAUGCUUUUGCCGACGAGGCCGAAAUUCCGUCGGACGCGGAGCUCAGAGAGGAAACCUGCGCUCUGCUCAAAGUAGCGGCGACUCACAGCACCGACGCGCACAAGGUGGGUGGUGCCUUCGGCAGCGAGGACGCUCACUACUUCCUGGAUCUGGACAUGGCGGUGCUCGGCUCCCCUCCCGAAAGUUACGCCGAGUACAGGGAGCGAAUACGCGGGGAGUACUCUUUCCUCAGCGAGCCCAUGUACACGGCGCUACGGUUGAAGGUGUUGCAGAACUUCCUGCAGAUCCCGAACAUCUUCGCGACCGUGGAGUUCCGCGACAAGCUGGAGGAACAGGCGCGCCAGAACAUCCAGGCGGAGGUGGAGAUGCUGUCUUAGAGUUUCGUCGGGUCUUCGCUUUUUGGUUGAGGAUUUCGCAUUUCGCUCGCUCGUGAACGAUCCGUCGAGAACUUCCGGUUCGUGGAGCCAACGAGAGAGAGACGCGAACAGUUUUAGACGCCUACCUCACAGAGACGCGUCCGUCGCCGUUUCUGCAGAAACAAUUGCUGAAUGCGAGCCGAGAGGGUGGAUAUUAAAGUCGCAUUCGCUUUUCACCGUCUUUUCACAAACGCAAGGGUUUACGUAACAAUUGUUUGUUGCACAAUCGUCAACUAUACUGCUCGUACCGCGUAAACGCAAUCGCAAUCGCGAGUUGACGUUUGAUCUGUUGCAGAUUUUAGUUACUUCAAACUAACAAGUAAUUUGCUUGAUGUCUAAUUUGACCAAUGUUGUUUUAGUUAACAAAUAGUUACAAGGGGUUAUAAAUAUUUAUUUAUGUAACGUAGAGGAGAGAAAGAUACAAGGCUUACAGAUGUUUAUAAUUAUAAAUAAUGAAUAUAUGUACAUAUGUGUAUUGUUUCUGAAACUUAUAUAGUGAUACCUUAGUUUAAUAAUUGUUCGAUCUGUCGAAAAUUGUCCUACUCUUGUGAUUUUGCACGUUGAAAUUUGGAAGGUAUUGACGACCGGUACUUACCGUGUCACCAUAGGAUUUGAGAAUGGAAUUGACGUAUCGAUAAAUGUAAUACCAGUAUAUAUUUUAGAGAGCGUAUUUUCACCGCACGGACAUAAAGAUCAAAAAGUGGCUCAUACUUAUAAUCAAAGAAGAAGGCGCCUCGCGUUUCAAAUAUGUAUUUUCGUGUUUGUGUCUUCGGGAAUAUUUCCCGAAACGAAUGUAACUUUGUAAGAGUUUUUUCGGAUAAGUGUCUGUAAAUCUUCAAAGGUUUUAAAAGAAUCCCGAGAAGAGAUUCCCCUUUCCACACGUCUUGUCCGCAAAUCGUUUUUCGAAGCAAGCUUAUAUUUCCUCGACAUUGGCAUGGCGAUGUUGUUUAACGUGCAUUUUACGGAAGUUAACAAAAAUUGAUUAUCGCUUUUGCAACGGCAAGGGGAGUGUUUUAAAGGUUCGUAUUUGAGAUGUAUAAUAGAAAGAAUUGUUAAACGAUAACCGAGACGCGGCGUUUUUUCCGAGGCUCGCGAUCGAGAAAAUUGCUGGUGGAAAUAUUAUAAAUAUUAAAUACAAUGUAUAAUAUAUAUUAAAUAAAGUGAUGAUUAUUAAGUA